CUGUUUCUGUUUUCAUUGCAUCCCAUCGCCUGCAUGCAGAGAGGAGGAGAAAGUGCGUUUUUGCAUCACAAAGGCAAAAAUUGAGUGAAAAUCUGUAUUUUUCCCUGUGUGUACUGCCCACUUUCGGAGUUGAAGUUGCUUUUUGUGUGUUUAAUUUCCCUAUAAAGGAAAAGUAGUUACGAGCAGCAGCACCAUCACCAUCAUGGCCAAGGUAAUCACUCAGGAAACCUUUGACGACGUGGUCAAGGAAAAUAUUAUUGAAUUUUCCAUGUCGGUGGAGGAAUCCCGAACGGAAACGGUCCAACAGUUCGAGGCCCAGGGCAUUAAUCUGGCCAACAUCAUCCAAGAUCUGAACGUAAACCCGGAAACGGGCGUUCCGCUGUUGAACGAAGCGGUCGAAUAUCUGCGGUCCAACGAGCUGACCUCUGCUGCGAACAAGGAGCAGAUUUGUGGCCAUCUGGCCACCGUCGUGGCGGAGUGCAAGUUGUCGGUGCCUCACCGCGUGUUGGCGGCCAAGCUGGGCGCUUAUGAGCUGAUUGUGGGCACGCUCGAAAAGGAAACUGCCCUGGAUAAGGAGGUGCUGGCGAAGCUGGUGGCGGCCGCGAAUGCAAUCAUCAACAAGCAGCCGGACGUUUUCAGCAGCAAGUCGCUUGAGGUUGCGUUGAGAUUGUUACAGUCCGAGUCCGGUGACGAUGCCGUCACGUGCGAUUUGCUGCGAUGGCUCCAGAAGGCUUGCAUUCUGCACGAGAUGAACCGCCAGACGAUCAUGGACGAUGGCCGCGUGGUGAAGCAGUUCAAGCGUCUUAUCGAGAACAAUGAUUCCGAGGUGGUGAAGCAUGCGUGCGCUCUGUUCCGUUUCCUCAUCCUGGACGACGACAUCCGUGUGGAGUUUGGCAAGGCCCACGAGCAUGCCAGGACGUUGGCCAACGAAAUGCUGCCGGACAUUACCAAGUUGCUGUUCAAGUUCAACUCGAACCAGGACCUCAUCAGCGACCUCUUUCUCACCAUCGCUUCCCUCACGGUCCGCAACGAGUUCUGCCAGGUGGUCGAGGAGGCCGGUGGUCUCAAGUUCAUCAUGGACGCCAUGGUCGAGUUCCCCGACUCGAUCAAACUGCUGCGCGAGGCCUGCAAACUGCUGAAAGCCCUCGCCGGAAACGACACCGUCAAGCUGCACAUCAUCCAGCAAGGAGCCGCCCCCCUGCUCGAGUCUUGCCUGAAUCGCCACAAGGACAACGAAACGUUUGCGCGGCACGCCCUAGCUUGCGUGACCGCACUGGCCCUGCGCGAAAAGAACAACGCCCAAGCCCUGUUCGAAACCGGAAUCGCCGAAACGAUCGUCCAGACGAUGAAGAUUCACGCGGCCAGCAAGGUCAUCCAGCGGAACGGAGCGUGGGCGAUUCGAAACAUGGUGUCGCGGUCCCGCGAGCAGUGCGACACGUUCCUGAGCCACGGCGCCGAGGAUGUGCUCAAUGCGGCUCUGACCGAUCAUCCCUCGAUUGCGCACGACGUCAAGUCGGCGUUGCGUGACCUCGGAUGUAAGGUGCACUUGAAUGAAGAGUGGAAGGCGCACUCGGAUAUUCAGAUCCAGAACGAAGAGGUGGCAGCUUGAAGCGUGCAGUUGCUUUCGGGAGAGAAGACUUUAUUUUGCUUUCCAGCACGUUGCGCCUUUAACCGUACUCAUACCACACAAAAAGAUGAUGACACUGCCGGAAGCAUACUACUUUUGCAUGCUAUUAAUAUUUAAUAAACAUGUAUCAAUGCAUUCAACUCUUUAUAAUUUAUAACUUUAUUGCAAACAAAUAUAACCUCAUUAUCAGUAUAAA